AUGGCAUCAAAGCGUCACUUUAGCAUCACCAAAGCGGGUUUGGAUCAGAUAAUUGACAGCGACAGCGACACAGAGCCCCUCGCAGAAUUGAGCGACAGCGAUAGCGAUUCGUGGAAAGAUUCGUCAUCCGACUCUGACACUGACCAGAGAAGUGGCGACAGCGACGAAUCUGCACUUGAGCUCAGUGAGGUGCGCUCUUGGUGCCCUAUUGAUUGCGGUAUGGAUGCAGUACCACCGCCAAGAUUCCCGUUUACAGGAUCGCCUGGGAUGAAGGUAGACGUUGAUCACAAUGAUCCUUUGGCGUACCUAAAAUUAUUUCUGACGGAUGACGUCAUUGAAAAGAUUGUCACGGAGACAAACUGCUACAAAGAGCAGCAAUCCACUACUCUGCACAGCAGAUUUUCCAGAACCAGAAAAUGGGAACCGGUGAGUAAGGAGGACAUAUGGAAAUUUCUGGGGCUAAUACUUCUUCAGGGGGUGGUGGGGAAACCCCUGCAGAAAUGGUACUGGACUACCAAUAAAUUGCUGGCAACCCCAUUUUUUGGCACCAUCAUGACCGAGUACCGAUUUUCCCUCAUAAUGAAGAAUUUACACUUCACCAACAACGAGGAAUUUGACGAAGCCACACAUCCAGCGCCAAAACUGAAGAAGAUCUGGGAAGUAUUCCAAAUGAUCAUAACCAAUUUCCAGCAGGCCUAUGUGCCAGACAGAGACAUCAGCAUUGAUGAAAGUCUGAUGGCUUACAAAGGACGCCUCAGCUGGAUUCAAUACAUCGCAUCCAAGAGAGCGCGGUUUGGAAUAAAAUCCUAUAUGCUCUGCGAGUCUACAACUGGCUAUAUAUGGAAUUCCAUCAUAUACACCGGCAAAGGAACACAAUUCAACCCCAGGUACAGCGGCUAUGGGAUGGCAACGUCAUCAGUCCUUUCACUGCUUGAACCAUUGCUCAAUCAGGGGUAUUGUGUGACAACAGACAACUUUUACACGUCGCCUGAGCUGUACGAGUUUCUACUAAAAAACAAGACUGACGCAUAUGGAACCGUUAGGGCCAACCGACGUGGCCUGCCAUGUAUGUUUUCCAAGAAAAAACUGAAAACAGGAGAAAUGGUGGCCUGGCAGAAAGGAAAGAUGAUGGCAAUGCGUUGGCGUGACAAAAAAGACGUGUGCCUAAUGAGUACAGUACAUAACACCUCCACUACCACGGUCCACACAAGAGGUGGGAAAGAUGUCAUAAAGCCACAACUUGUGAUCGACUAUAAUAACACCAUGGGAGGAGUCGAUAGAGCCGAUCAGGCGAUGACAUUCUAUCCAGCUAUGCGGAAGCAACAAAAAAAAUACUACAAAAAAAUAUUCAGGCAUCUCCUGGAACAAUGUCUGUGGAAUGCCUAUAUACUGCACAGAGGAAAGAGUGACAAGCCUCUUGUUCACUCUGACUUCAUCUGGAAGGUGGCGGAGCAGAUUUUUGUGAACUACCAAACGCCAUCAGUGGCCGUGAACAGAUCUGGACGUCGCGCUGUUGACGUUGUAAACCCAGAGAGGCUGACUGGUCGUCACUUUAUGGAUUACAUCCCGCCAAGCGCAAAAAAGGCAGCACCUACAAGGAUGUGUGUAGUUUGCUGCUCAAAGCGAGAUGGAAAUGGAAAAAAAAUCCGAAAGGAAACCAGGUUCCAUUGCCCUGAUUGUGACGUUGGUCUAUGUGCAGUCCCAUGUUUCAAAAUUUACCACACCCAGGAUGUUUACUGA